AUGAAGUCAGAGAACUCACUGUAACUGAAAUCACCACUUCCUCUGUUCCUCUGAGCUCCACUGAACCAUUAGGACAAAGCUCCUCCAAUACAGUAGAAUGGUCAGAUGGAUCAACUACUCUAAAUCCCAUUGUGACUAAUAAGAGCACGACUAUAUCUAACCUGACUACUGGUGUCCUGAAUAACACAAGUGUCACAGCCAUGACAGCAGAUAACCAAACUAAUGAAAAUAGUGCAUUUACCUCCAGUUAUACAAAACCGGAUGAAGUCAGAGAACUCACUGUAACUGAAAUCACCACUUCCUCUGUUCCUCUGAGCUCGACUGAACCAUUAGGACAAAGCUCCUCCAAUACAGUAGAAUGGUCAGAUGGAUCAACUACUCUAAAUCCCAUUGUGACUAAUAAGAGCACGACUAUAUCUAACCUGACUACUGGUGUCCUGAAUAACACAAGUGUCACAGCCAUGACAGCAGAUAACCAAACUAAUGAAAAUAGUGCAUUUACCUCCAGUUAUACAAAACCGGAUGAAGUCAGAGAACUCACUGUUACUGAAAUCACCACUUCCUCUGUUCCUCUGAGCUCCACUGAACCAUUAGGACAAAGCUCCUCCAAUACAGUAGAAUGGUCAGAUGGAUCAACUACUCUAAAUCCCAUUGUGACUAAUAAGAGCACGACUAUAUCUAACCUGAGUACUGGUGUCCUGAAUAACACAAGUGUCACAGCCAUGACAGCAGAUAACCAAACUAAAGAAAAUAGUGCAUUUACCUCCAGUUAUACAAAACCGGAUAAAGUCAGAAACCUCACUGUUACUGAAAUCACCACUUCCUCUAUAUCUGUGAACUGGACCAAACCAUUAGGACAAAGCUCCUACUAUGAAGUAGAAUGGUCAACUGGAUCAUAUACUCUAAAAGCCAAUGUGACUGAUGAAAGCAUGAAUAUAACUAACCUGACUGCUGGUGUCCAGUAUAACAUAAAUGUCACAGUCGUGGCAGCAGAUAACCAAACUAAAGGACUGAUUGCAUUUACCUCCAAUUAUACAAAACCGGAUACAGUGAGAGACCUCGCUGUUACUGAAAUCACCACUUCCUCUAUAUCUCUGAGCUGGACCAAACCAUUAGGACAAAGCUCCUACUAUGCAGUAGAAUGGUCAAAUGGAUCAUAUACUCUAAAUGUCAAUGUGACUGAUGAAAGCAUGAAUAUAACUAACCUGACUGCUGGUGUCCAGUAUAACAUAAGUGUCACAGCUGUGGCAGCAGAUAACCAAACAAAAGGACACAGUGCAUUUUCCUCCAGUUAUACAAAACCGGAUAAAGUCAGAAACCUCACUGUUACUGAAAUCACCACUUCCUCUAUAUCUCUGAACUGGACCAAACCAUUAGGACAAAGCUCCUACUAUGAAGUAGAAUGGUCAAAUGAAUCAUAUACUCUAAAUGCCAAUGUGACUGAUGGAAGAAUGACUAUAUCUGACCUGACUGCUGGUGUCCAGUAUAACAUAAAUGUCACAGCCGUGGCAGCAGAUAAGCAAACAAAAGGACAGAGUGCAUUUACCUCCAAUUAUACAAAACCGGAUACAGUGGGAGACCUCACUGUUACUGAAAUCACCACUUCCUCUAUAUCUCUGAGCUGGACCAAACCAUUAGGACAAAGCUCCUACUAUGUAGUAGAAUGGUCAAAUGGAUCAUAUACUCUAAAUGCCAAUGUGACUGAUGAAAGCAUGAAUAUAACUAACCUGACUGCUGGUGUCCAGUAUAACAUAAGUGUCACAGCCGUGGCAGCAGAUAACCAAACUAAAGGACAGAGUGCAUUUUCCUCCAGUUAUACAAAACCGGAUAAAGUGAGAGACCUCGCUGUUACUGAAAUCACCACUUCCUCUAUAUCUCUGAGCUGGACCAAACCAUUAGGACAAAGCUCCUACUAUGAAGUAGAAUGGUCAAAUGGAUCAUAUACUCUAUAUGCCAAUGUGACUGAUGAAAGAAUAAAUAUAACUAACCUCACUGCUGGUGCCCAGUAUAACAUAAGUGUCACAGCUGUGGCGGAAAAUCACAAAACAAAAGGAGAGAGAUUCUUCACCUCCAGUUAUACAAAACCGGAUAAAGUGAGAGACCUCACUGUUACUGAAAUCACCACUUCCUCUAUAUCCCUGAGCUGGACCGAACCAUUAGGACAAAGCUCCUACUAUGAAGUAGAAUGGUCAAAUGGAUCAUAUACUCGGAAUGUCAGUUUGGCAAAGAAGAGCAAGACUAUAUCUAACCUGACUGCUGGUGUCCAGUAUAACAUAAGUGUCACAGCCGUGGCAGCAGAUAACCAAACUAAAGGACUGAGUGUGUUUGCCUCCAAUUAUACAAAUCCAGGAAAAAUUCUGAAUCUGAUUUCAUCUGUCACCACAACCUCAAUCUCUUUGAACUGGACUCCCCCCUCGGGUUAUGUGUUAUCUUACAAAGUGGAAUGGUUUAAAAGUGACAGUCACCCAAGUACCAUCUUUGUAGUGGAGCCGUGGGCUUUGCUGUCAGGUCUGAUACCCGGCUCCUCCUACAAUAUUACAAUUACUGCUGUUGCCAGAGACAAUGCAACUCUAGGAGAGUCUUACAGCAUCACGAAUGUCACGGAGCCUGACAUAGUCAAAAAUCUCAGCAUUGUUUUUGUUACAACCACAUCCGUGUCUUUAUCAUGGGAUAAACCAGAGGGCAAUGCUAACUCGUACAUCGUCAGAUGGAAUUCAACAAAAGGAAACUCCAAUCAAGCGAACACUGUUCCUUCAUCUUACAACAUUACUAACUUAACUCCUGGAGUGCUGUAUGACAUUUCCGUGGUGGCUGUGGCUGUAAAUGAGGGGAAGAAAACCUUCACAAAAACCUUCACAAGGUCUGAAAACCCUCAGAAUAUUACAGUUACAGCCAGAGGGACUCGCUACCUAAACAUCAGCUGGAGUUUGUUGAAAGGAGAGUUUGCCUAUUUUGAGGUGAAGAUUUCAAACACAGAGCUAAAUUGGAACAAAACCAUCAACACAUCUGCCCAGGCAGCAUAUUUCACAGAUUUAAAUCCUGGGAGACUCUAUCAUGUCAUCGUGACCACUGUGGUUGGGGACUUCAGGAGCCCGUCUGUUGAUUCUUCGUUUGCCACUGUUCCUCUCCCCCCUGAUUCCCUCAUCAUUGCUGACUGGACCAACUCCUCGCUCCGGUUGAAGUGGACCAUCCCUGACCUCAUGAAAGGAGCUCCUAACAUCCAGUUUCUGAUCAAAUACAAUGGUCAAGACACACCCAUGAUUGAAGGCACCAGCAAAGAGCUGUCAAUGCUCGCCUCUGGAACCCUUUACAACAUAACUAUUACAACUGAGGGACCUCAAAACCUCCCAAGCAUGUCUAUCCAGAACUCUUCUUACACCUUGCCCAACCCAGUGCAGAAUGUGAAAGUGACAGUUUUAAACACAACUUCAGCGAGGGUCGACUGGAUGGAGCCAUGGGGUUCCCAAGGCUACUAUACGUACUUGGUUGAAGCAUACAAUCUCACAAACGCACUUGUCCAUUCAGAAAAUGUCAACAGCAAGAGCACCAUCAUAAAAAACCUGGAGCCAGGAUCAAACUACUCUGUCAAUGUCACCACAAUAGCUGCUCCAGAUCGUAAAUCUCCUGCAGUGCAGGCGUCCUUUACCACAAAGCCAAAAGCAGUGACCGGACUCAAGUAUGAGUCUGGGACCACAUUCAUCAAUGUGACAUGGGACCGGCAAAGUGAUUAUAAAGACUCCUACACUUACCUGGUGAAAGCUUUUGAUGGGAAUGUCUUGGUUCAGAAUCAAACUGUAAAGCUAGAGACAUACAACUUCUCUUCCCUGAGUCCCGGAACCUUUUACAACAUUGUUGUGUCUGUUUCCGUAAACCAAGUCUCCUCUGAGGAAGUAUGGAUCAGCUCCCAAACAAUUCCUGAAAAGGUGUUCGGUCUGACAGCGACAGGAACCACCACGAGCCUGAAUUUGAGAUGGAGCACGCCGAGCGGGCGGGUGUCCUCGUACUCCAUCAAGCUGUUUAAAGGCGGCGUGUUGAAUCAAAUUAAAGAACAACCUAACAGCAGCACUACUCAGCUGUUUGGGGGUUUGGAUCCUGGGGUGAUUUACCAAGUACAGGUCGUCACCAUAAGUGGGCCCGCCCAGAGCAGCACCUGCACGGUUUUCAAUGCCACCCUUCCCACCCCCCCUGGCUCCAUUGCGGUGGUCAGUAAGACUGUUAAUUCCAUCAACUUUACCUGGUCCCCUCCAAUCAACAUGAGCCAAAAUCAGUACAACUUCACUGUGAUGAAUGGAAACACCAUUGAGGUUAUCCGGAAUCACUGGUUCCUGUUGGAGCGGCUACAGUCUGGAAGUUCUUAUUCGAUCUCAGUCGUCACAGUUGGGGUGAUGCAGUACCAGAGUACAGCAGUGAAUGCAACUACAUACACCAAACCGCACGGCGUUUCCAAUCUAACGCAGACUCAAGUCACCACAAACUCCGUCAGCCUCAAAUGGGACCAGCUGGAGAGUAAACCUUACUACUAUUACAACGUGCAAGCCUUUAAUUCCUCCCAUUUAGAGACAAUUAGCUCAAAUGCCAAUAGCACUAAUAAAACGGUCGACAAACUUGAGUCUGGAACCAACUAUACCUUCAUCGUCACAACAGUGACACCAGACGGCACACGCUCAGAGCCCAGCAUGGUGUCCUACUUCACACGGCCAUUACCUGUUACCGCUUUAGGGGCUUUAACCUUAAAUACAUCUUCUAUUUACCUCAACUGGACCAAACCAUCUCAGUACAAAAGUUACUACACAUACUUUGUGAAGACCAUCUGGGCCACUGAGAUCAGAAACACCACCGUUCAGAAUGAAACCGUCGUGAUCUCUGGCCUCAUCCCGGGAACCAAUUACUCCUUCUGUGUCACCGUCAUCUUACCAGACUCCACUGAGGGGGAGGAAAUCUGCACACAUCAGUACACUAAGCCUGAAAAGGCAAAACCCAUUUCUGUCGGGAGUGACGGCUCCAACUCUUCGAUCAUUGUGACAUGGACAAAACCUUCUGGAAAUGUGGAGAUGUUCAAGCUGAUACUAAACAACACAGACUCAGGAUUCUCUGUCACAAAGGAACUGAACUCCAGCACCACCUCAUUCACAUUUGACAAUCUAAUAGCUGGAACGCUGUACAGCGCACAGCUGGCCACAUGCAGCGGACCAUUUUGUGAGGACGCCGACUAUGUGACCAACGCAACCUUCCCUAACCCCCCUGGGCCCAUUAAGAUCCUGAACCAGACCACCAGCUCUAUUCAGGUGGAAUGGGGAGAAGCUCCUCUCAUGUCGUCUGGAUUUGUCUACAAACCUCGUAUUUACACAAAAGAAAAUGGCACGCUACACACUUCUCUCAAUGCCAGUUUCACUUUUACAUCUCUGCCAUCCGGGACUCUCUUCAGCAUCUCUGUGAAGACUCAGGGGCCCAUGAAUCUAGAGAGUGACAGUGUUUUCUGGAUCGGGGUCAGCACAAGACCACAUAUGGUGCAAAAUCUUAAGGCUUCUCCUGAGGAAACGAGCAUCACAGUCAGCUGGGAGCGGCCCCAGGAAUACAAAGACACGUAUCGAUACAAUGUUUCCUGGAGAGCAGAGACUCCUGUGUCCUCAGAACAGUUCAAAAACAUCACAGGGGAGACCUUCAUCAUCUCCAAACUGGAGCCGGGCACUUUCUACAUCAUUACUGUCAUAACAGAGACGGCGGAUGGAACGCAGGCCGCCCCAGUCACCAUCCAUACGAGGACAGGCGUGAGCAGUGUCACAGGUUUGAUGUGUGCUGGACCAAACCAGUCCAAUCCAGAGAUCAAUCUGUCUUGGUUGAAACCUGCUGGCCUGAGCACCGGAUUUGUCAUCCAAAUAGACAAUCAAAACCACACUUUGCUUUCAAACAGCUGCAGUUCACAGGAAAAGUGUAAUUACACAGUUUCCCAUCUAAAAUACUACACUGAAUAUCAUGUGCUGGUGUGGACCCAAAACUCCGACCAGUACAGUCCCUCUGUUGCCAUAGACUGCAUCACGGGCAUCAAAGAACCACCUAUUCCCUCAAACUACACACGUAUGGCAAAGACAGUUGAAACCCAAUACAACAAGUUCAGCGUUGAAGUUUCUCCAGACCUGUUAAACUCAUCUUCAGGACCGAUCACUUACGUCGGGGUUCUGUUGACCCAAAGCAUCCCAGAGGGACAACCUUGUGAUGCGAAGUUUCUGACAAAAACGCAUGACGAUUGGAAAAAUAAUUCUUCGGGAGCGUACCUGACUGCAGUCUUACCUAACCCCACCGUGACGCGCUCCACCAGCAGCCUGACCAUCACAGUAGGAACUGCGACCAAGUGGAAUGACUAUGUCAACAGUGAACUGGCAGAAAGUCAAACUUACCAAUACGCCAUUGCACUUUUCACAAGUCUUCAGCUGAAAAGCAGCCGUGUGGAUUUAACCAACUCUGUUGUCUCCAUCACAAAUUUUUAUCCCCCUAUCCAACUUCCGAAAAACCCAGUUUGGAUUGUUAUUGCUAUUGGAGCGACGCUGGGAAUCUUCGGAUUACUCCUCCUCAUCCUCUUUGCCAUCAUUAUCUACUGGAAAAGGUUAUCAGUGAAAAAGACGCCAGACAUCCAGAUUGAUCCAAUCAGACCCAAAAUCAGUGCAGCAGUGAGGACGGAGGACUUUGAAGCUUACUACAAGAAGCAGAAAGCCGACUCCAACUGCGGCUUUGCAGAGGAGUUUGAGGACCUGAAGGUCAUUGGAACGAGUCAGGCUAAAGUCCAUGCGCUGAAUCCAUCCAACAAACCGAAGAACCGCUACAACAACGUCCUUCCCUAUGAUUCCUCCAGAGUCAAGCUUUCUAUCAUCCAUGGAGAUCCGUGUGAUGAUUACAUCAAUGCCAACUACAUGCCGGGCUACCAGUCCAAGAAAGAGUUUAUUGCGGCUCAGGGUCCUCUGCCCGGGACGGUCAAUGACUUCUGGAGGAUGAUCUGGGAGAAGAACGUGCGGACUCUCGUCAUGCUGACUCGCUGCAACGAGCAGGGACGUGUCAAAUGUGAGCAGUACUGGGCUUCAGCCGUCAAAUCCUGCGGUGACAUCAUCGUGAAAACCACCUCGGAAAUCAUCCUGGAUGACUGGACCAUCAAGGACUUUGACAUUAAAAACGUAAAAACCGCAGAGGUGCGCUCUGUCCGUCACUUCCACUUCACCGCUUGGCCAGAUCACGGCGUUCCAGAAACCACGGAGCUUCUCAUCAGCUUCAGACAUCUGGUCAGAGAGCACAUGGACCAGUACUCCCGACACUCCCCCACCGUGGUCCACUGCAGUGCUGGCGUGGGCCGCACCGGUACCUUCAUAGCCAUCGACCGGCUCAUCUUCCAGAUCGAGAGGGAAAAUAUGGUGGACAUUUUUGGCAUCGUUCAUAACCUGCGAAUGCACCGGCCCCUGAUGGUGCAGACAGAGGAUCAGUACAUCUUCUUGAACCAGUGCGCUUUGGACUUCAUCCGAUCCAGAACGGGGAACAAUGUGGAUCUAAUCUACCAGAACACAGCUGCGCUCUCAAUCUAUGAGAAUAUUUCACCCAAAAAGAGGGGUUACUGAAAACUCCGCCCCUUUUUUUGUCUAGUCUCAGCAACAAAGAAGCGAGCCGGCGUGCAAAGGGAGCACUCUCAAGCUGCACUUCAGCUUCAAACUGGUUCCUUGUAUUUAUUUUUAUAACUUUUUUAAAAUGAAUGUUUGUGACUUGAGUAAAGAGUGUGUAGAAGCAAUGAUGAACACAAUCAUGAACCAAAGAGCUGUAGAUCUGCAGACUUGCAGACAGACCUGUAGACCUGCAGACAGACCUGCAGACCUACAGACAGACUUGUAGACAGACCUUGGUGAAGGUGUGACAGAGAGGCGGAGCUUUGAUUGCUCAACAAUUUCUAGGAUUUGGAGGCUUCUCUUGUUUGAGGAAGAUGGAGCUCACUGAUGCUUUACACCACUAGGUGGCGCCCUUUCUCCUCGUCCCAAAGACAAACAGACUGUAAUGAAACCUUUGCUCUUCAAACAGAAAGCUAAUAUGAACUGUGCAAUGUGUUGAAUGACUGUUUAUUACAGAAAGCACUGCGUUGUGAAAGAUGCACUGGAUGCAUUUGAUCUUUACGCUUCACUUUAAACAUUGAAGAGGAUUUUCUAGUGUUUUUAUCUCUAGGCCAGUGAUUCACUAAAAGGAACGUUUCUUUUUUCCUCAUUACGUUGUUGCACCUCAGGAACUGAAUGAAGUUGGACUUUUUAUCGACACUGAUGCUGUAAAAAAUCAUUCCCACAGAGAUCUGUGCAAUUAUGACCUGAAGGGUGUCUUUUUAAAGUUCUGUUUUAUAAAUAUCUCUAUUCUUUUAUUGCCUAAUAUUACUGUCAUUUCCUGCUUUGCACCUGAACCAUUCAUGCUCAUUUCCUGUUAACAAACUGGAUUUUAUUGUCAGCAAAUGUUUCCAUUAGGUGGGUACGUUUUUAUAGAUGCUGCUGAGCUCUUGUUGUAUUUUUUAUUAUUUUAUUCUAUGGUAGCACACCAAAAAAAGCUGUAAGCACUUCUAUUUUUAUAAUGAAUAAUAGCAGAGAAUAUGUUUGUGGAUAUUUUUGAAAGGCUUGCUGGUUCAAUGCAAAAAUGUAAUUAGAGCUUGAUUUGCAAAUGCUUUUCUUUUGAUUUAUUAAAGGAAAUGGGGCAAAAGAUGUUACUAUAUUUUGUGAUAAAUACCGAAUAAAACUCACACCUUCCGUAAA